GGAGUAUACAACGAUCCUGUAACAGCCUCAUUUCGUCUUCUGACUGUGUAAUCUCCUCCAUUAUGGCGUCCACCAACCCUGCGCUCCGUCUCGAAGUCAAGCGCAUCUACAAAGAGCUGCUCUACAUGGGACGGGACUAUCCUCAAGGUUACGACUACUUCCGGAACCGCUUGCACAAGGCGUUCUUCAACCAGCGGCAUCUCACCGACGAAGAGGCCAUUAAGAAGGGCAUCGAGAGGGCCGAGUUUGUGAAGAAAGAAAUCGAAGCACUGUACUUUCUCAAGCGUUAUCGAACGUUGAAGCAUAGAUAUGCACCGUCCUAGACCCCGCAGUCAACAAGUUGAUUGUUAGCGGUCGGAGUGCACGACCCGGUCACAUCACAAUCCUCAGAACCCAAGCAGUCUAGUGGCCCUAGCCGCCGGAGUCGAGGUCGAUUAACGUAUUCUUUCGACCAGUUUCGGGUAUCAAUCAAAAACAAAC